AUGAGCGGACUCCAGAGUGUCAACUGGCAAAAGUCUGCCAACCGGGAUGCACAUCACACGGAAAAAUUCUCCAGCCAAGAACUCAUCCUGCGCAGAGGCCAGCCCUUUGAGAUCGCAAUAGCCUGGAACCGAAAUAUUGCCCCUGAAGAACAUCUAGAUUUUGUGGUCUCCACAGGGCCUUCGUCCUCAGAGUCAGCCAAGACAAAGGCUACAUUUCCAAUCAGCACUGGGAGCGCUGGAGGAGGAUGGAAAGCUCAGCUCAAGAGCAAGGAGGGCAAUUUGCUGACGGUCAUCAUCUCCAGUCCCGUCUCUGCACCCAUAGGGUGGUACACAAUGAACAUUCAGGUCACCUCCUCCUCCUCGGAAGGGAUGUAUACCGCGAGCCUUGGAGUAUUCGUACUGCUCUUUAACCCCUGGAUGCAAGGGGAUGAUGUCUUUAUGAGUAACGAAGCCGAGAGACGAGAGUUUGUUGAGGAAGAUUCCGGCGCCAUCUUCGUAGGAAGCACAAAUCGAAUUAAUAUGGUUGGCUGGAAUUUUGGACAGUAUGAAGAAGACAUUCUGAAAAUCAGCCUCGCUGUGUUGGAUAAGAGUCUGAACUUCCGACGUGACGCUGCUACUGAUGUGGCCCGAAGAAAUGACCCUAAAUAUGUUACCCGGGUGCUGAGUGCCAUGAUCAAUGGCAACGAUGACUACGGUGUGCUUCUUGGGAAUUGGAGCGGCAAUUACGCCGGUGGCCGGGAUCCAAGGAACUGGAACGGCAGCGUGGAGAUCCUCAAGACAUGGGAAACUUCUGGCUUCAGGCCAGUCCAAUUUGGCCAAUGCUGGGUGUUUGCUGGGGUCCUCAACACAGUGAUGCGAUGCUUGGGGAUUCCCGCCCGCGUGGUCACCAACUUCAACUCGGCUCAUGACACAGACAAAAACCUCACCGUGGAUGUGUACUAUGACCCCAUGGGAAACCCCCUGCAGAAAGGCAGUGAUAGUGUAUGGAAUUUCCACGUCUGGAAUGAAGCCUGGUUUAUACGAAAUGACCUGGGCCCCAUAUUCAACGGAUGGCAGGUGUUGGAUUCUACCCCCCAGGAAAGGAGCCAAGGAGUGUACCAGUGCGGCCCAGCUUCGGUGAACGCAAUCAGAGAGGGUGAUGUGGACCUGAAUUUCGACAUGCCCUUCAUCUUUGCGGAAGUGAACGCUGACCGCAUCACCUGGAUCUAUAAUGCUUCCAAUGGCAGCCAGAAGCAGAACGGCGUGGACACUCGCAGCAUUGGCCAAUUCAUCAGCACCAAGGCGGUGGGCAGCUACUCUCGCAUGGAUGUCACGGAGAAGUACAAGUACCCAGAAGGUUCUGGUGAGGAACGACAAGUGCAACAACGGGCAAUGAAAAAACUGAAACCCAGUGCGUCCAUCAGGCCAACAUCGGCCGAGAGUGAGGAAGGAGAGGGGUCGUCGCCCAGCAUCUCUGGAAGGUUCAAGGUCAACGGUGUACUGGAAGUAGGCCAAGAAGUCAGCCUAGUCCUGCUGCUCAAAAACCAGAGCCAGGACAGAAAGACGGUGGCCGUGCACAUGACCGCCUGGACCAUCGUCUACAAUGGCACACUUGUCCACGAGGUGUGGAAGGACUCUGCCAUCAUAUCCCUGGAAUCCGAAGAAGAAGUGCAGCAUCCUGUGAAGAUCUCGUACGGUCAGUAUGAAAAGUACCUGAAGGCAGACAACAUGAUCCGGACCACAGCCAUAUGCAAGCUGGCCGAUGAGGACGAGGUGGUGGUGGAACGGGACCUCGUCCUGGACAACCCCGCGCUGAUCCUGGAGGUGCUGGAUCAGGCUCAGGUGCAGAAGCCUUUGAAUGUGCAGAUGAUCUUCUCCAACCCCCUGAACGAGCCGGUCAAGGACUGUGUGCUGAUGGUGGAGGGCAGUGGCCUGCUUCGGGGCAACCUCAAGAUCGACGUGCCAGCUCUGCGCCCCAAGGAGCAGUCCAAGGUCCGUUUUGAGAUCCUGCCUACCCGGAGUGGCACCAAGCAGCUGCUGGCUGACUUCUCCUGCAACAAGUUCCCCGCCAUCAAGGCCAUGCUGUCUAUCGAUGUGGCUGAGUAAAGGGCCCCGGCACCCUCCCUACAAACCUGGGUACCACGCAGCAGGGACGCUCACCCGUGGAGUGAGACCCCUGCCCAUGUUGCCCAGACUCCACCCUCGGAGGCUGCCGGACAUGAACUUCCAGCACAUCCCCCAUCAACUCCGGGCCAGGCCUUAAUCGCUGGCCUGUGACUUAAUCAUUUUUGCACAUUCCCAGCUGCUGCCCCCGCUGCAGCUUCCUGCUGUGAACCCCAUGACCCUGCUCACCCUUCAAGCAGGUCAGAGCACCGACCCAGGCACUCUCCAAAUGGAUACGGGGAGGAGCCAGUCUGGACUGCUUGGUGAUCCCCAGCGUGCAAUUGGGACACAUCUGCUCCGCCCUUGGGUCACCAUGGACGGCAGGGAAUGCUUAGCUGAUCU